AAGUGGUCACGCAUCUCCACCAGCAACUUGCAAGCAUGAAGAAGCAGCCACUCUCGAUCGAGGCACUUCUGCAGAAACAAAAAGAUGAGCGUGAGGCUAACUCAAGGCCAAAAUUCCUUACCAAAGAGGAUAGGGCCAAGCUGGCAAUUGAGCAACGGGUAAGGGAGGUCCAAGAACAACGAGAGCGCGAAGAGCGGCUUAGACUCGAACGAGAAGAAUUCGAGAAACGUGCGGAUGAUUUGCGACGGCAGGAAGAGCAGCAGCGAUACGGCGCCAAAGCUCCACAUGGUACCCGAUACAGCGAUGAGCGUCAGUCUGGAAGAAAAGAUAGCAGGCGGUAUGACGAUCGCACUCAGAGCAAUCAGUCUGCACCUCAGCGUCCUGCUUUCCAGAAUGGAAUCCCAACAGGCCCUCGAGCUGAUAGACGCAAGACUACAUCAGGCGUUUCCCAGGAAUCUUCCGUGCGCCCAUCACCUCCACCACCUCCGCCCUCCGGAUCCGAGCUGCCGCCACCAACCGAAGAACCCUCACCAAGCGACUCCAAUGCACCAUUCGUUCCCCCCCUAUCCGCGACUGACUUGAGUGCUAUCCGCUCCCGGUAUUUGGGGGUAGAUAAGAAGAAGAGGAAAAUAAGGAAAUUGAGCGACAAAAAGUUCGUUUUUGAUUGGGAUGAACAAGAGGACACAUUCGCCGAUGCUCCUGAGCCAGUCAGUGGGUCUUCGAAGCCCGUUGGGUCAGUCAUGUUUGGCCGAGGGCAUUUGGCUGGUAUGGACGACGGUGGAGUCCAAGAAUCUAUGUCGAACAACAAUCGACAUGCCGAUCCUUUGGAACGCAGGAAAGCGAACAAAGGAGGGGGUGAUGAGCGUCACUGGUCAGAGAAGUCUCUGGAGGAAAUGAGAGAUCGUGACUGGCGCAUCUUCCGGGAAGACUUUAGCAUAGCUACUCGAGGUGGUCAUAUUCCGCUCCCACUUCGGUCAUGGAAGGAGUCCAAGCUUCCCCUUGAGAUAUUGGAAAUAAUUGACACCGUUGGUUACAAAGAGCCUUCGCCAAUUCAAAGGCAGGCUAUCCCGAUCGGACUCCAGUGUCGUGAUUUAAUCGGCAUAGCUGAGACUGGGUCUGGAAAAACUGCAGCCUUUGUUCUGCCAAUGCUCGUGUACAUUCAGCAUCUCCCUCACUUCACCGACGAAAAUCGACAUCUAGGACCAUAUGCCUUGAUUCUUGCACCAACACGUGAACUGGCACAGCAAAUAGAAACUGAGUCGCGCAAAUUCGCAGCACCGCUUGGUUUCAGAUGUGUUUCUAUCGUUGGUGGACGAGCUGUGGAAGAACAGCAAUUCAAUUUGCGCGAAGGCGCAGAGAUCAUCAUCGCCACACCUGGCCGUUUGAAAGAUGUCAUUGAUCGACACGUUUUGGUCCUUUCGCAAUGCAGAUAUGUUGUUAUGGACGAAGCUGAUAGAAUGGUACAUCUUGGGUUUGAGGCAGAUCUCACUUUCAUUCUUGACUCACUGCCCGCGGAUGCCAUCGGACCGAGUGAGAACGGAAUGGACGUUGACGCCACACUGGGACAGCAGGGAAAGACGCGAGUCACGACUUUGUUCUCAGCAACCAUGCCCCCAGCUGUGGAGAGACUUUCGAGAAAGUACCUGCGGCGGCCUGCAGUCAUCACAAUUGGCGAGGCUGGCCGAGCUGUCGACACUGUGGAGCAGCGCGUUGAAUUGAUUAGUGGAGAUGAAAAGAAGAAGCAACGAAUGAUUGAUAUCUUGAAUAAUGGAGGAUUCUCGCCGCCUAUGAUCGUCUUUGUCAAUCAGAAGAAAACCGCAGAUAUGGUUGCUAGGGAUAUUUCUCGCGCUGGUUGGAGCACAUCUACUCUACACUCAGGGAAGAACCAGGAGCAGCGUGAAGCAGCGCUGGCCGCAUUACGGGGCGGCGAAGCAGAUGUUCUAGUGGCGACUGAUCUAGCUGGACGAGGCAUCGACGUCCAAGACGUGUCAUUAGUCAUCAACUAUCAGAUGGCCGGGACAAUUGAGGCAUAUGUUCACCGGAUCGGUCGUACUGGCCGCGCUGGAAAAACUGGUGUUGCAAUUACGUUCCUAACAAAUGAUGAUGACGAAGUCAUGUAUGAUCUCAAGAAUGAAAUCGCAAAGAGCCCGAUAUCCAAGGUCCCACCCGAAUUGGCCAGGCAUGAAGCCGCCCAGCAGAGGGUUACCCGAGAAAUGAAAAGAAAGCGUGAGGGAGACGACCAAGGCUGAUCAUCGCGUUGCCCUGUGUUGCCUUGCGAGAUAGAUUAGACUGGACCCUCGGGGUGUGUCUGUAGUUGCUGCGGGCAGUGUAAGGUAUCUAUCUGUGUGCCAUCUCAUUAUGCCGUCGGCGUCAUUAACUGCUCGUGCUCCCGUGGUAAUUAUAUCUAUUAUUUUUCUGCUUCUCUUGUCUCCUGCGCGGGAAUUCCGCAAGUCCGAAACUGCCUCUCUAUUUCCCUAUGAGAGAGAUCCUAGACUGAGAUCCGCGGUCGAGUAAGUGUCUAAAUUUCUUAUGAUGCGGUUGGGUAGCGGUGGUGUCAAAGAUUUGUUUGUUUGUUUUGGCGUAUUUGUUAAGAGUUAUCCACAUCCCUCAUUCACUCCUUUCGAAUCUAGCAGAGUAGACAUAUCCAUAUCCACGCGUCACCCCCACUCG